AAGUGAGGUGUGGAGGUGUGUCUCUCUCUACAGUAUAAUUAAGAGUUAUUUCUCUGGGAAGCAAUGCAGACAGAACCCUGACAGGAACUACAUCCCAGGUUUUGAUUUGAAACAUCGAGAUGUGGGGUCACAAUCAAGGAAACCAGCAUCCCUCUGGCUACAACGUGAACCCAAGCGGGUGCGUCCCGCCAAUGCCAAGUGGGGGAUACCCUGGUGGGUGUCCCACUGGAAACAUCCAGCCCCCAUUAUGCCCUCCCUACCAGCCCCCCUCCACUUGCUACCCUGUGCCACCAUCUUAUCCAGUACAGGGUCCCCAUGGAGGUCAUGGGCAUGGGCACGAUCAUGGGCACGGACCUCACGGCCAUGAUUGUGGAGGGCACGGUCAUGGAGGACACGGUCAUGGAGGACACGGAGGGCACGGUCAUGGAGGACACGGAGGGCACGGUCGCGGAGGACACGGAGGGCGCGGUCGCGGAGGACACGGAGGGCACGGUCGCGGAGGGCAUGGCCAUGGGCACGGUCAUGGGCACGGUCAUGGAUGCAGGCACAGGCACAAGCAUGGGCAUUGGCAUGGAGGUUGUCACAAGCAAGGGAAGCAGAGUCAUGGGAGUUCAAGCAGCUCCUGCAGCAGUGACUCCGACUAGAGCCUGCAGUCAGAGGGACAUGACUUAUCCUCUUAUCAGCCGUAAGAGACUUGGAUCUCUCUCCCCAGUGCUUUACUAUAGCCCCAGAACCAAUCCCUAAUCCCCAUCCCUAAUGUAUGUACGUUACAAAACCAUAUCUCUCCCGCUCAUAUAUCUGAUUUUUAAAAAGCAUGAUGGUUUCUUUUAUGUAAAAUAAUUAAAGGACACAGAGGGAAACGUC